GGUGAAUCCCGUUUUUCACGCUGGGAGUUUCACUCUCUCUCUCUCUCUCUUUUAUUCUCGUUUUCUUUUAAUUCUUCGUUUAUCUUCUGGAUUUGCUUGGUUGAAUGGUGUUGGUGUUGAUGGGAUAUUGAUUAACAUGUUGUAGGUUUUGAGAAUGGAAAGUCCUGUGAAGAAAGUGUUGCUGACCUCUGAUGGAGAUGAGAUUUCGCGAAACAUUGCUUUUCAUUUGGCCAAACGGGGAUGCAGAUUGGUUUUGAUGGGGAACGAGAAGCGCCUUCAAAGUGUUGCGGAGAAGAUAAAAAGUUUAUUGAAGGUUGUUGAAGCAGUUGAAGUGGUUGGAGUAGAUAUGGAAGAUGAGAGAGAAACAAGUUUUGAUGAGGCAGUGAAUAAGGCUUGUCGAAUUUUGGGCAAUUUCGAUGCUUUUGUGCAUUGCUAUACGUAUGAAGGAAAGAUGCAAGACCCACUACAAUUAACUGAGGAGGAGUUCAGAAAAUUAGUGAGAAUCAAUUUUGUGGCUUCAUGGUUUCUUUUAAAGUCUGUUGGCAGAAGAAUGCGAGACAACAAUGCAGGAGGUUCCAUUGUAUUCUUGACCUCAAUAAUGGGGGCUGCGAGAGGGAUUUAUCCAGGAGCUGCGGCCUAUGGUGCAUGUUCGGCAGGUGUGCAGCAGUUAGCUAGGACAGCAGCACUGGAGCUUGGAAAAUACAAGAUCAGGGUUAAUGCUAUUAUCCGCGGUCUGCAUUUAGAAGAUGAAUAUCCACUAGCAGUGGGGAAGGAGAGGGCUGAGAAGUUAGUUAAGGAGGUAGUGCCACUGCAGAGAUGGAUGGAUGUUGAAAAUGAUCUGGCUUCGACUGUUAUCUAUUUAAUCAGUGAUGGUUCACAGUAUAUGACUGGAACACCUAUAUUUGUCGAUGGAGGGCAGUCUCUGACUAGGCCUAGGAUGCGAUCUUUCAUGUAACUCAAUUCAACAGGGCUUGCUCAGUUGAGUGGGAUAUUCUUUCUCAAGGAAAAGCAAAGUGGACUUUUUCCAGAUUAAUUGUAAGUUUAUAGAAUAAAAGUGGCUCAUCAGUUCUGGGUUCCUUUGGUGCUGGUAUUUGCAAUAAGUCAAUAGUACAUAAGCAACAAAGCAAGUUGUU